AUCAAUUGCUAAUUAAGAAAUAAUUGUUGUUUGAACCCACACUGAUUGAAAAUCUGAACAUCCGAAGUGGGUCCCAAGUACUUAAUUCAUUCAUGUUUAAGGAGGAAACUUUAGGAAGGACAGAAAAAAGCCUAUGCCUUUUUUAUUAGUUCAUUGGUCAUGUCAUGUACGAUUUGUUACUAAUUGUCUUCAACAAUUUUCUUUCAUUUUCUCUUCCUUGCAGAAGCUGUAACUACCAUGGCAACAGAGGAAAAUGAGACAUCCAAUGGAUGGCCACUUGGGCUAGAGAUCUUGAACAUGAGACUCCGAGUGAUGGCAACCUUGCAGGCUGCUCCAUCAGAACCACAUUCUACAGUACACUUGCGCUCGCCCAGUUUCUCCUCGUUCUCAUCCUCCAACCUUGACACUGAGUCUACAGCAUCCUUCUUCCAAGACCAUAGCGUAUCACUAGGCCGGCUAAUUGGCAUUCGACCUGGCAGUGGAGGCCUUUGCACCCCAAGAAGAACCCACUUAAAUGAAGAAAGAAAAUCUGUAAAGACAGUGAGCUCCGAAGUCACCACAAGACAGAGACCAGAAAUGUCGCAAGGAAUCUGUAUUCCUUUACUGGUUGGCACCUUGGAAAAGAUGAGCAGAAGUAAGAGCAAGACAAAAAGAUGAAUUUUGAUGGCAUUUGAAGGGAAUAAACAUCAUUUGUGAUCUCUUCUGCUAUAUUAUAUUCUGUUUUGAGAAGAAACCAUUGUGAAUCUAACAAAAUAAUACUUCAAUAUACACUCAAAUAGAGCAUUGCUCCAAUUCUUCCUAA